GUGCGGCCUCACCUCACCGCGCCGCCGCAGUGAUGGCGGCUGCCGGCGGUUGAUCCGGUCGGGUCUUUCCACACGCCGGGCCUGAGGGCAGGCGGUGUCCCGCAGCAUGGUGCGGGGCGGAGCAGCGCUGCUGCGGAGGUAUGGGAACUUCAUUGAUGAUUUGCGGCUGUAUGUGAGAGGAGGAACAGGUGGAAUGGGUUAUCCCCGACUGGGAGGGGAAGGAGGGAGAGGAGGCGAUGUCUGGUUCAUUGCCCAGGAAAGAUCGACCCUAAAGAGCAUUAAGGCGAGGUACCCGCAGAAGCGAUUUGUGGCUGGAGCAGGAGCCAACAGCAGUGUUAAAGCACUGAAAGGUGAAAAAGGGAAAGACUGUGAAGUGCACGUGCCACCAGGGAUUUCAGUUCUUGAUGACGAUGGGAAGAAGCUUGGAGAACUUAACAGAGCAGGAGAGAGAUUCCUGGCAGCUCGGGGAGGUCUCGGUGGCUCUUUGGUUACAAACUUCUUGCCUUGCAAAGGCCAGAGGCGAAUCGUUCAUCUUGAUUUGAAACUUAUAGCCGACGUGGGCUUAGUUGGGUUUCCAAAUGCAGGAAAAUCAUCCUUGCUAAGCAAGAUUUCUCAGGCCAAACCUGAGAUUGCGAGUUACGCCUUUACGACGAUACAGCCUGAGCUAGGAAAGAUCAUGUAUGAAGAUUUUAAACAGAUUUUAGUAGCUGAUCUCCCAGGACUGAUUGAAGGUGCACAUAUGAACAAGGGCAGAGGGCACAAAUUUCUCAAACACGUGGAAAGAACCAAACAGCUCCUCUUAGUUGUUGAUAUUUCUGGGUUUCAGCUCUCUAAUAAGACUAAGUUCAGAACAGCCUUUGAAACUGUAUUGCUUCUAACAAAGGAAUUGGAGCUGUACAAUGAAGAACUUCUAACAAAGCCUGCACUUCUUGCCAUUAAUAAAAUGGAUUUGCCUUGUGCGAAAGAUAACCUGAAUGAACUUAUGAAACAACUACAGAAUCCAGAAGGCUUCUUCCACUUACUAGAGGAAGAAGUGAUUCCUGGGAACACACUUGAUUUCAGAGAUAUAAUUCCUAUAUCUACGUAUACCGGAGAAGGGAUCGAGGAACUAAAAGCAUGUGUAAGAAGAUCACUGGAUGAGGAAGCAGAGCAGCAGAAUGAAGCAUAUCGGAAAAAGAAACUGUUAAAGGCUAGCAUUCCUCGCUAGAUUUUAAGUUAUUUUUGUACAUUCACGAACUCACUGCUAAAUAGAUCUUUUUAUAGACCCUCUGCCACCGCUGCCUGCUUCUCUACCACAUUGCCUCAGUUCCUUUUGGUGCUUAGCUAGAGCAGUGCUGAGAGGAACAGUCUUUCAGGUUUAUGCUGGCUACUGACUGAACUAAGUAGAGAACAAAGUGCAGCUCAAAGCAUUGCCUUACAGCUGAUGAACCCUGGAAAUAAUGCUUGCCACACUGGAUGAACAGAGGAAAUAAAACCUACGGAGGUAGCAAAGGAGCAACCUGAACCACUUGCACCUUUAGCUAUGGAUGUCAGAGGUACCUGAGGAAAUCUCUGACGGAGGAAUGUUCCAGGUUCCAUUGCUUCAGAGGUGAACCAAGUGCUGCUGCUCUGACAGACGGAGGGGUUUUGUUAUUUUUAAAGGUGGAAAGGAGAAUGCAAAUAAGUAGUCACAAGAAAGCAGCAUGUAGGAGCGUGGAGAAGCAGGGCUGCUGCCUGCUGGUUUGUUUUCCACACCUGCUGCUGCCUGCUGUACUUUUAUUUGUUAUAUAAACCCUGAUCCUAUAUUCCCCAGCCUUAAUUUGGCAGUUCUCCCUUUUAUGGAGAUGUAGUGGAGAAAUGAGGGCUGCUUUUCGGCAGAGCCCUGUGUUUUCGGGAAUAGUGCUGAUUUUUUUACAAGCAGCACAUUAAAAAGUUAAAAUAGAAGUCGUUUGUUAUACAGGAUGUCUGUUAUUGAUCGCAAUUAAAAUAAGACCGAAUUCAUCACA